AUGAAGGUCACUUCUUUACUUGCUCUUGGAGCUAUUUCUACCGUGGCUCAAGCUAAGACUUACUAUGAAACGGUCACCUUCGUCUCUACCAUCUUUGCCGAUGUCACCUUCACUACUACUGCUUCUCCCAAGUACGUCACCGAAGGCGGACACCACAAACAUGCUGGUCACUUUAGUGAUGCAGAUUUCGAGUUCCCAAAAGAUGGUUCUGAUACCACAAUUAUUAUUGAUAACCAUAAUGGUGUUGCUGAAGCCAGUCCAUCCUCUGCUGCUGCUGAAGCCGCAGCUUCUGUUGAGGCUACAGUUUCAGUUGAAGCUGAUUCAAACACUAAAUCUGCUCCCAGAAUGUCUACCUCUCUUGCUUAUUCCUUUGCUACCACUAUUGAAAAUGAUUACGAAGCCACUGCUUCUGUCAAGGCUCCUGCUCCUUCCUCAUCUAAAGAUUCAGAAUCCACUGUUUCUGCUGCUGCUCCAACUCAAGCCUCCACUAAAGAUUCAUCAACUGGUAACAGUGACAUCUAUUCUGCAAUCAGCAACAGUCCUGGCUUGAAUGAAACUUUUGCUAAGAUCAUUUUGGAUUACCAUAAUGAUGUUAGAAGAAUUCACCAGGCUCCAGAAAUGGCUUGGAAUAAAACUCUUUGGGAAUACGCUCAAAAGCAUGCUGAUGCUUAUGUCUGUGGUUCUGGAUUGAAACAUACUGGUGGUCCAUUUGGUGAAAACUUACUUGCUGGUGGUUCAGACCCAACUGUGGCUGCUCCCUCUUGGUACUCUGAAGAAAAGGACUGGGUUUAUGGUGUCAAUGGUACUCAAUACAGUCACUUUUCACAAAUGGUUUGGUUCGACACUGAUCAACUUGGUUGUGCCUACAAGUACUGUUCAGACCGUGAAAAGCUUUACCCUGGUUACUACGUUAUCUGUAACUACUACAAGUUUGGUAACGUGAUGAAAACCCAAGCUAAACAAGUUCUUCCUCCUAUUAAGUCUUUGGAAUACUUGGCUCUGACUUCUUACAAUUAA